AGAGACAGACUUAUGAACUACAGAGAAAGCUCUGCGUGGAGUCUCCACACAACCAUAACUCAAGAUUUAAGGCGUGGUCGUUUGAAAUAUCAGAGAGCACAGCUUCAGUUCCUUCUUUCUAUUUCAUUAAUAACUAACAAUGGCUGAUCCUGAACUGCAGAGACGAGAAGAAUUCCUGGUAGAGGGAGAGCCUUUCAGACAGAAUGCUUUCCUGAUUAUCAAUGAAAUGGUUGCCAUGGAGAGGCAGAAACCUAAUAGGGUGUUAGUGGAUGAGGUUCAUCACAGCAUCUUCUUUUUGGGAAAGAUAAACACGCCACCAUUUCCCCCAGAAAUGAUUUUGAGUGAUGCUGAAGUGCUAAAUGCAUUUAAGAGCCUAUACCCUGGGCCUUUUGAGAAAUGUUCCUCUCAGGUACCCAGGCGGAGUCCAUUUUCAUGUGUGCUCGACAUGGUUGUCUAUGUGACUGGACAAGUCAAUGAAGGAGCAAUCAUACAGCAGCUGCAACAGUUCAUCGGUGAACUGAGGGGGGGUAUUAACAAAAAGCCUCUGGUCUCCAAAGCCAUCUGUGUCUCUCAGAGUAAAAGCCCAGGUUCAGUCAGGUACUAUGGAGUCUCCAUGUCCACUGAUGCCACUGGACGCAAGAAAGUCCUGAUUGGUGCUUCCUGUCUCAGGAUCUGGCAUACAUAUGUAGCUGACGCAGUGAUGACCUUCUAUCCAGAGAAAGCUACUGGGGGAUUUGCCAGAAAGACAUAUUUCGAUGGAACCAUCAGAGUUCCAGAGCAGAAUGUCCGGUGCGUAACGUUUGAUCUUUAUAACGGAGAAGUUAAGCCUCCUUGUAAAUCAUGUCGUGAGUUGUUUGGUUUGACAGGAGGGGCAACAGAGGCAACAGUCCCCUAUGGCAACUGUGCUGAAGCUGAAAGUCUGAGCAACUUGUUUCGAGUCGAUGAAGCAGUUAGAGAUCAAGUACCAGCACCAACUGGUGGUGACAGAGCGAGGGCUGAAAGAACCGUCCUUGAGGCGCAUAGAGGUUUGGUGCGCUCCUUUCCAGUAUUUAAUCAAUGGACGGAUCAUUUCUACAUCCCACAGUAAGCCAGAUCUUAAAAAGGGAAAGACUGAAUCAGGGCCGGGAAGAUGUGCUUUAGAUUUGAUUCUUUCCUGAUACAUGAGAGUGAUUUUCAUUUAUUGUGAUUUAAUAGGAGUAUUGGGAUUUUCUUUUCCUUCUUUAAAAAAAACAAAAGUUUAAUAAAAGACUUCUAGAGACAAUAUAUCAUCAGGAGAUAUUUCUAAGAACUGAUUGUUUUCUAAGAAGAAUGACAUCACAUGUCAGUCAGUCUGAUGUUGAUUUACUUUGUAAAGAAGAAUAUAAGACGGAUUUACUGCUGUUUCUGCUUUUGUUUUUCCCACCCGUAAAUUGAAUAUGAAAUAUUGAUGCGUAGACUUCAUAUGGUCCUUUAUUACCCAGUGAAGAUGAUUCUUUAUCAAACAGCAGAGAUCAGUGUAGAAGUUGUUACUGAACGUGGAGGUCAUGUGAUCACAGCUGUUAAUAUUUCCUGCUAAUGCUCCAGCUACUUACUACCAUAACAAUAAAGAUAUGAAUGCAUUGAUGGAAAACAUAGUAAACCAAAUGUGUCAACAACACAUCUCUUCCUCCUGAACUUUGACUACCAAGAUGAUGAUAUUAAUGAUAUUAAUAGUGACUGUCCUAUCUGAAGCUGAUGUUCUUCUCUGGGAUUCUGGCUGUUCUGACUUUAUCUUCAUGGCUGAAUGAACUCAUUAGAGUCUCUUCACAUCAAAUCUAAUGAAAUGUGUCAACUGUUGGAGUAAAGCAUGCAGAAGAUGGAAACCAUAAAUCUAUCAUGUUGUUGACAAUAAAAUGAUGCUGAUGAAAA